AUGUCAAAACGAACAUAUCAGACUGGGGCAGCUAAGAGACGUAAAAUUAUUGAUGACAGGAAGUUUAUUGCCACAUUACCAAAACUUACUUCAUAUUUCACAAUUCCGUUAAAAUCUGGAGGUGAAAGUGAAAAUCAAAGUAUUAAUGAAGGUGGAAAUCCAUCAACUUUAUCAGAGCAUUUAUCCGAAAUAAUGCCUCAAUCUGAAUCUGAAAAACGUGAAACUGCUGAAGGAAAUGAUGUACCACAAGUAAUUUCACAGACUACGUCAAAGCCCGUAUCUAGUGAUCCUGCAAACUGGAUACAGUUUACGGAAGAAGAACGUAUCUUUUGGAUUAAUAAAGGACCAGAAUUUUUUCAGAACAGAAACAGUAAUUUUAAUAAUUCAGCUAGACGUUACACAGAAAGUAAUGGCAAAGUGAAAACUCGCCAUUUGAAUAAAUCAGCUUUUUUUCGUAAACUGCGAAACGGGGAAACUGUUGACAGAUCGUGGCUUAUUUAUUCUCCAUCAAAAAAAGUUUUGUAUUGUUUCUCAUGCCGCCUUUUCGCAACUACUAGCAAUGCGUUUAGUUCUGAAAAUGGCUUCAACGAUUGGAAACAUUCUAACGUGUGCAUUUCAGAACAUGAAAAUACGUUAGGACACAGACAGGCAACAAUGAUUUACUUGUCAAGAAAAAAGAAUGCUGGGCUUUUAAUGGAUAAAGUUUUAACUGAUCAGAUGAACAAUCAAAUCAAUUAUUGGAAAGAAGUAUUACGAAGAAUCGUUGAAGUAAUUAAGUUCUUAGCAUCACGAGGUCUCGCAUUCCGUAAAGACGAUCAAACAAUUGGAUCACAGCAUAAUGGAAAUUAUUUGGGAACUUUGGAACUACUGAGCAAAUUUGAUCCUUUUCUUGCCGAACAUAUAAAAAAUUAUGGAAAUAAAGGCAAAGGAUUUACAUCCUAUUUAUCAGCUUCGAUUUUAAGUGUUGAUUCUACACCAGACAUUUCUCACGUAGAUCAGCUGACAUUUGUUAUUCGAUAUGUGAACGAUGGAAUUCCAGUGGAACGUUUUUUGGAUUUUAUUCCCAUUGAAAGUCAUAAGUCUGAGUACUUGUCUGAUACUAUUGUAUCGUUCAUUAAUGAUAAAGGUAUAAAUAUAAGUGAUUGUCGAGGGCAAACAUAUGAUAACGCUCCAAAUAUGGCAGGUAAGUACUCAGGCUUACAAGCAAGGUUAAAAGAGAAAUGUCCCACUGCAAUCUUUGUUCCUUGCCUAGCACAUAGUUUAAAUUUAGUUGGCGCGCAAGCCGCGGGAUGCGUCUUGGAGGUAAUAGAUUAUUUCCAACUUUUACAGAAACUUUACUCUUUUUUCUCCAGUUCUACCCAUCGGUGGAAUACCUUGACAGAAUGCUUAGGAUCUGGACUUGUGGUAAAACGUCCAUCGGAUACUAGAUGGUCCGCCCAUUCAGACGCUGUAACAGCAUUGCAAAAAAGCUACGAAAGAAUAAUGGCUGUCCUUCAAACAUUCGAGGAAAACAAAGACGAGCUUCCAGAAACUAGACUCGAUGCUCGUGGCCUUCUAAAGAAACUGAAAAAAUUUGAAAAUAUUGUGUUAACAGAAUUUUGGGGUGAUGUGUUAUCCAGAAUAAACCAGACGUCAAUAAGUAUACAGAAGAAAGACCUUCCACUCGAUGAUGGUCUCAAAUUAAUUGAAUCUUUGAUUGCUUUUGUGUGCGAGCAGAGAGAGAAGUUUUCUAUCUAUGAAACUAUUGCCAAGAAAAAUUUUCCUGAUUCUAAAUAUAAAGAUGAGACGACGCGCACUCCACAAAGAAGUUCUCGUUUGAAAUUUUAUGAUGGUGAAGCGAGAGAUGUCAUAUUGCAAGGUAGCGAAAGAUUUAAAGUUGAAGUUUACCUCCCAGUAAUUGACACGUUAAUUAGUCAAUUAAAAUCUCGUUCAACAGCCUAUAAACAAAUUACUGAUUUGUUUGGAUUUUUUUCAAAUUUGAAUUCGUUAACAACUAAGGAAUUAAUGAUUCACUGUAAUAAUUUAUGCAGAUUUUAUACCGAUGAUUUGAAUGAAAAAGAACUAGUACUAGAAUUAGAACAUUUUAAACAUUAUUUGGCCCAGGAGAAAAAAUUAGGACAAUUAGGCAUAAAUGACAUGUAUGAAAUUGUGAAAAACAAUAAUCUCGAGGAUACAUUUCCAAAUAUUGACAUUUCAUUUCGAAUAUUUUUGUCACUCAUGAUUACUAACUGUAGCAGCGAACGCUCAUUUUCGAGACUAAAAUUGAUAAAAAAUGAGUUAAGAAAUAGUAUGACUCAAGAAAGAUUGAGUCAUUUGUCAAUUAUGAGCAUCGAAAAUGAUGUCCUACAAAAAAUUGAUUUUGAUGAUGUAAUUGAAGACUUCGCCUCUCAAAAAGCACGGAAA